AUGACAAAGUCCUUCACCGGUUCUCCUCACACAGACCAAGCAUUGGCAGGUUUUGGUGCUGGCCUUGUAUCCACUGGCAUUUUGCACCCCUUGGACGUGAUCAAGAUUCGAUUUCAAGUGGAUGCCGCUAAACGAUCCGAGCAGCGACCUUUGAUAGGUGGAACUAUCAAGGCCUUCCGAGACAUUGUGGCAAACGAAGGUGUUUUCCGUGGCCUUUAUCGGGGAGUGACACCCAACAUUGCAGGCGCUACUGCAAGCUGGGGAUUCUACUUUUGGUGGUACAGUUUAAUCAAGAAGCACAUGAAGAAGGAUGAGAACGGCAAAUUAUCAGCUAUACAACAUUUGAUCGCUUCAGCAGAAGGAGGUGCUUUGACGGCUUUCAUGACAAAUCCCUUCUGGGUGGUCAAGACUCGUAUGUGCACUACUACUCGUUAUACCCCAGAUGCAUACACCGGUUUGUGGGAUGGUCUUAAGCGAUUGGCACGUGAGGAAGGUAUCCGUGGUCUCUAUCGUGGUAUGGUACCUGCUAUCUUUGGUGUCUCGCAUGGUGCUAUCCAGUUCAUGGCUUAUGAGGAGAUGAAGAAAUGGCGUAAUGAUAUCCGUAAAGAAGAUGGUGUCUCUCCCAAAGAAGAGCAAGAUGCAAAAUUGAACAAUACCGAAUACCUUGUCAUGGCAGCAUCCUCCAAGGUUUUGGCAACCGUUACCACCUAUCCCUAUCAAGUGCUUCGUAGCAGACUUCAGGAUCGAUCAACAAGAGAUACCUAUAUGGGUGUGAUGGAUUGCAUUCGAAAGAUCUCAGCUGCAGAGGGAUACAUUGGCUUUUAUAAGGGCCUGGCACCCAACAUUAUCCGUGUACUACCAGGAACCUGUAUUACCUUUUUAGUAUAUGAAAACCUUAACCAAUUCUUCAAGCGACAUGCUACCGAAUAA